GGGGCAGGGACGCCGCCGCCGCCGCGCUGCACGGACCAGCGGCGCCGCGAGAGGCGCCUCCCGAUCUCCGUCGCGGCUUCGGCCCCGGUCCCGGCGAGUGCGGGGCGGAACGGCCGCCAGCACCGGGCUUCGCGCACCGGGCAGCGCUCCGCACCGCACCGCGCGGCUCUGCGCUGCGCGUCCCGGGCGGCGGACGCGGGGCACCAUGAUGAGCAGCUACCCGGACGGCGAGGAGGACACGGUGGCGCUGCUGGCUCAUGACACCAGCGGCAGCAAGGAGCCGGAGCGGGGCAAGGAAGAGCUGAGCGCCGACAAGGGCCCCGAGAAGCCGGACCCCUCGCAGAAGCCCCCCUACUCCUACGUGGCCCUCAUCGCCAUGGCCAUCCGGGAGAGCGCGGAGAAGAGGCUCACGCUGUCCGGGAUCUACCAGUACAUCAUCAGCAAGUUCCCUUUCUACGAGAAGAACAAGAAGGGCUGGCAGAACAGCAUCCGCCACAACCUCAGCCUCAACGAGUGCUUCAUCAAGGUGCCCCGGGAGGGUGGCGGCGAGCGCAAGGGCAACUACUGGACCCUGGACCCCGCCUGCGAGGACAUGUUCGAGAAGGGCAACUACCGCAGGAGACGAAGGAUGAAGCGGCCCUUCCGGCCGCCCCCGACCCACUUCCAGCCCGGCAAGACCCUCUUCAGCCCCGACAGCUACGGCUACCUCUCCCCGCCCAAGUACUUGCAGUCCACCUUCAUGAACAACUCGUGGCCCCUGGCGCAGCCCCCCGCGCCCAUGCCCUACACCUCCUGCCAGAUGUCUGGCGGGAACGUCAGCCCCGUCAAUGUGAAAGGACUCUCGGGCCCGGCGUCCUACAACCCUUACUCGCGGGUGCAGAGCAUGGCGCUGCCCAGCAUGGUGAACUCCUACAACGGCAUGGGUCACCACCACCACCCGCACGCCCACCACCCCCAGCAGCUCAGCCCGGCCAGCCCCGCGCCGCCCGCGGCCCCGGCCGCGAACGGAGCCGGCCUCCAGUUCGCCUGCGCCCGUCAGCCCGCCGAGCUGUCCAUGAUGCACUGUUCCUACUGGGAGCACGACAGCAAACACAGCGCCCUGCACUCCCGCAUAGACAUCUAGGGAGGCUCCGGCCGGCCGCCGCCACAGAAAUGCCCUUGCCCCGGCCCCGCUGCCCCUCUCCGAUCCCGCCGCGUUCUCCUGGGCUCUCGUGUCUCUACUCCUCCUCUCUAGCUGCGGACUUUCCUCUUUCUGUGCCCAAACUGUUGCGGUGGGAAAAUAGCAGCCCUUCUCCGCGUGUAGUGUAGGAGCCGUCCUACGGUGAGGAGAAGGCAGUGUAAGUGUGGGAGCUUCCCCAGCGGGGCUGCGCCGAGCGCAGCGGUGGCCGGGCCGGCUCGUUUCUAGGCGAGCUCGGAUUUACCGUUCGUUUCUCUGCUUGUCUGUUUGUGAGGGGUUUUGGCGGGGGAGGAGGGAGCAUGUAAUUAAAAAUAGGCUGUUUAGCCCUCAAAAUUCUGUUCCUUUAUAAUUCGGCCGUAAUCCUUUCGGGCUCAGCCUUGGGGAGAGUAAAGCGAAGCUUGUAAAUAGCGGAGGUAUUUCCACGCGUGGCGGUGCGGGGCUGGCGGGGCCUAGACACUGCCGUGUGCCCGCGGUGCUCGUCCUCCUCCUCUUCAUCUUCUCUUUUUUCUUCCUCGGUCUGCAAAGCACUGCGCUUCUUCUGAGCUGUGGCUUUUCGUCAAAAUAGUACUUAUGUGGGGACUGCUGUAACAGCAGAUGUGUGAUAUUGCUGGUUAUUAGAAACCAACGAACAAAACCCACCAGGGUCAUUCGUGAAACGUUUUGGCAGUGAUAAAUAUAUUUUUUAAAGGAGACAAUGUCCUCUGAGGUCUUAAAAGUAAUUUUAUAUAGGUCUAAAAAAAUAUUUUGAUGUUAUAGAAAAAAAAAAAGACGGUUUCCUAUAAAUUGGAAUAAUUUUCCGUGUGCAUAUUAUAAUAAUGUAAGUUUAAACUACCUUCGGUUUUUUCAUCCCAAAUCUGGCCCAAAAUGGAUUUUCCGGUAGGUUCUGCUUUUGAAUGCUUGCCCUUUUUCUUAAAAAGUUUUGAUCCUUCCAUUUUACAUAGAUUAAUGCGGAGGGGGAAAAAAAAGCGUUUGUAAUACAGGGGCCAGUUCAUAGCGAUUUUAUAAAUGUUUA